AGCCGUUUAGGCAGGGGCAUUUUUGUCAUAAAAUUGAACAAAAAAGAACUCCUCUGCAAUCAUAAAAAAAUCCUCCAUUUUCAUGCCUAAACUUUCGUAUUUUUGACGACCGAUUCCACAGGAAAGCGAAAAAUCAGAGAUAUAUAAAUGGCGAGGAGGCCGGACGAGGACUAUGAUUACUUGUUCAAGGUGGUAUUAAUCGGCGAUUCGGGCGUGGGCAAAUCAAAUUUGCUCUCCCGAUUCACCCGAAAUGAAUUCUGUUUGGAAUCAAAAUCCACAAUUGGAGUGGAAUUUGCCACCCGUACACUUCAGGUUGAGGGAAGAACUGUUAAGACUCAAAUAUGGGAUACGGCUGGCCAAGAGAGGUAUAGAGCCAUAACAAGUGCAUAUUACCGGGGUGCCUUGGGAGCUCUUCUUGUAUAUGAUGUGACAAAACCAACCACAUUUGAAAAUGUGAGUCGGUGGUUGAAGGAGCUGAGGGACCACGCAGACUCCAACAUUGUUAUUAUGCUUAUAGGAAAUAAGACAGAUCUUAAACAUCUACGUGCUGUUGCAACAGAGGAUGCUCAAGGUUUUGCUGAAAAAGAAGGCCUUUCUUUCAUCGAAACGUCUGCUCUGGAAGCCAGCAAUGUAGAGAAGGCUUUCCAAAUGAUCCUUUCAGAAAUAUAUCGGAUAAUUAGUAAGAAGUCACUCUCCUCAGAUGAGCCUGCACCUACUAGCCUCAAAGAAGGGAAGACCCUUGCUGUUGGACCCCAGGAGACCCCCAUGAAGAAGACAUGCUGCUCUGCGUCCUACUGGUCUUGUUUCUUCCUCAUCUCUCAGCUUCCCCGGGUCCCAGAUUAUCUUAUCAUUACAGUUUCUUUUUGACAAUCUAUUAUUUUAGAUCUCUGUAUUAUUUGGAUGCUAAAACGUUCUUGAUUGUUCGAGGCUUUCUUGUCUAUGAGAUUGAAUGGGUAUUUUAUUUUAUAUUGA